AUGCUCAAAGUUAGCCAAAAAAAUAACGAUGAUUUGUCCAGCUCCGAAUCCAGUAUUGAGAUGGAAUCUACUAACGGCAAAGAAAAUAUUAACGUAAACCAGAGACGUUGCAGAAUUUGUGGUUUGAUUGGUCAUAAUGCACGAACAUGCGAAAAUGCAGAGUAUGCGGAUUGGAAGGCCACAACGCACGAACAUGUUUAG